AUGAACCUCCUCCACGCGCUCCUCCUCCCGCUCACCCUCGCGCUCACCUGGCUCUACGCGCUCACCACGCGCACCGCGCCCCCGCGCAACAAGCGCAUCACCCUUCUCAUCGCGCACCCCGACGACGAGGCCAUGUUCUUCUCCCCCACGCUGCUGGCCCUCACAAAGCCCCACCUCAACAACACCCUCUCCGUCAUCUGCCUCUCCACCGGCAACGCCGACGGCAUCGGCCACAUCCGCAAACACGAGCUCGUCGACUCGUGCGCGCGCCUCGGCGUCCCGGAGGAGCGUGUGGAGAGCAUUGACCAUCCGGAGCUGCAGGACCAGAUGCACAGUCCGUGGCCGUCGGCCACCAUUGCGCGCGUGCUGCGCGAGCGCCAUGAGGUGCUGCCGCAUGUGCUGAUCACCUUCGAUGAGCGCGGGGUGUCCGGGCAUCCGAACCACAUCUCGUGUCUGCGGGGGGCGCAGGAGUGGGUGUUGGGGCUGUCGGAGACGGCGGGGGUGGAGCUGUGGAUGUUGGGGACCGUGGGGAUCGUGCGCAAGUACCUGUUUGUGCUGGAUGGCGUUGUGCAGGCGGUGUUGGGGGGGAGGGGCGCGGGGGCGGGCUGGUUUGUCAGUUCGGUGGGGGAGGUGAGGGUUGCGAGGGAGGCGAUGGUGAGUGCCCAUAAGAGCCAGAUGAGGUGGUUUAGGUGGGGGUGGAUUGGGCUGAGUAGGUAUAUGGUUGUGAAUGGGUUGGAGAGGGGGUAG